AUGCUGACCCGUAUCAAUCAAGCAGACUUCAAGUGCGUCAUGACCGCGAUGGAUCUGGACCACCAACUGUCGGACACGAGCCGUGCGGCGAAGGAAGCUGAGCCCGAAGUCUGGGCGGAGCUCCGCUCGGACCCUGGGCCUGAGCGAAGAUCGUCUGAGACCCGAGAUCUGAGCCUCGAGUGCGAUGACCGGAGUCCCCGCUCAAGUCGAGGAGCUGAGCGGAACCUGGUGGAGCGUGGGUUCGACCUCCCCGGUGGUUAUGGAGCCGUUGCCCAAGGUGUCGAGCUGAGUCGAGGAGCAGGCGUCCGAGCGAGAGUCUUCACCCAGGUCGACAAGCUGAGCGGAGUGACGUGGAGUCCGAGCCCAGCCUCGGAUGUGAAGUUUGAAGUCUUUGCCCAAGUCGAGAAGCCGAGCGGAGUGUUGCAGACAUGA